AUGGUGCAUGUUCGACUGAAUGAGCGAGAGCCCAAUCCCAAUCCUCAUGUCAACUUCAUAACCCCACUGCCAUCCGCAGAUCCGGCGGUGCAAGAGGAUGCGAGGCAGCUGCUCCGCGCGUUGGCUGCGCAAGUGCGGCCGGUCAUGAAGGCACAUGGAUUUGCUGUGAACAGCCUCGAAGAGUAUGAACACAACAGGGUAUUCGCAGGGAGAAACUGGAACAACGGAGAGGUUGUCGAGCUGGUCCUGCGCGGGUUGAGUGGUGCCUUCAUGCCUCUUUCCUGGCUAAUGAGUACGUUCUGCCAUGAGCUGGCCCAUAUCAAGCACAUGAACCACGGCCCUGCCUUCCAAGCACUGUGGACAGGACUCCGCAAUGAAGUGAGGGAGCUGCAAAGCAAAGGCUAUUAUGGCGAUGGCUACUGGUCAUCCGGUUCCCGUCUCGCCGACUCAGCACGCGUUGGGGGACAGUCCUUAGAUACAAAUGAGUUACCAGAAUACAUGUGCGGCGGCGCCCAGUCUCGCGCCCGACCAACGUCCUUGCGCCGUCGACGGGCGCGCCAUCAAGCCGGGCCCUCCAACCACACAGGGCCGCAGACCGCCAAGAGGCGCAAGGCGGGCACCCGUGUCACUGCGCAAGGGUCAUUCAAGGGUUCAGGCAAGGCGCUGAAUGAGGACGCCAGCGACGAGGAACAGAAGAAGGGUGGUACUGGGUUCAGGAAGAAAGCUGGGAGCAAACGCGCGAGAGAGGAAAGGGCACUGGCAGCAGAAAGACGGUUGCAAGCGCUCCAAAAUCAAGCGAGCACCUCUGCUGCACAAUUGACACAGGAUGACUCGGAAGACGAAUCUUCCGACACAGAAGUUAUACCCGAGACGGACCAGGACCGGCGGCAGGCUAUGUUAGACAGCUUGGGAGAUGCUAAUCUGGAAAGCCUCAAGACGUUCCGUACGGACUUUUCCUCAGACUUUGUCUUGCCUGAAACUAGCCCUUCGAGUACACUAACAUCGUGCAAACCCGACCCGGCAGAAGAGGCUACAUGUGACGUCCAAAUCCUGCCGACAGCGAGUGCUACCGCCGCUAGUGGCAGCGUCGAUUCCACAUCGCGGCGUAUGGGGAAGCGCAAGCAGGACCUGUCGCGGUCGUUGGAGGACUGGCUGCAGCCUUCGGAGGCGGACAGUCCUGGCACAAAGAAGAGUGCGAAACGCGAUGCCCCCUACGGCGCUCUUGUGCAGGACGAGGUGAAGCUCCGGAAGAGCGAGCCACUCGAAAUGGCUGGCAGCGGGCAACGGCUGGGUGGGAACCCGUCUGGCGCAGCCCCACGCACCACGGACAAUGCUUACCCGUCCCGUUCCCCGCGGAAAACUGGUCAGGCGCCGUCCGCAGCUCCAGAUGGCGGGUGGACUUGUCUCGUGUGUACCCUGUAA